ACUUCAUUGACGCUGUCUUCUCACCUGCUAGCUGCGGAAUCAUUCUCUCAACUCCAUCCCAACAACCUCUACAAUUUUCUUCUUCUUCAUCAAUCACCAUGAUGCAAAUCAGCUCCACCGUUCCAGUUCACAACCUUCACAAAUUUCAAGCAAUAAGAUGUCCUAGCUUCAGAUGUCAAGCUUCUCCUUUAAAACCUUCAAUGAAACUACCUUCAACCUUUCCUUCCUUUCAGUCUCAGAAACCGUUGAUCUCCACCGAUUCCACUCGGUUGCAUCUCGCCAACCUCGACAAGCUCCUCGAGAGCCAAAAGCCGGUGGUCCCCACCCAACUCCAUGAUCAGCAGCAACAACAACAACAACCCAUACUGAAUAACGACUCAAAGGAUAAGAAAGGAAGAAGCUUCCUCGAAGGACUCAACCUCGCGAGGCUAUGGCCGGAGAUGAAAGCCACGGAGGAAAUGUCCCCGCGCCACCUGAAGCGCCUCCAACGUCUCCUCUCGAUGUCGGCUGAAUAUUCUCCGAGGAACAUCAUCGGCGGCAGGUGGAGGGAAUAUCACGGCAGCAACGACUGGAAAGGGAUGUUGGAUCCCCUCGAUGAGAAUCUCCGGCGAGAGGUAAUCAGAUACGGCGAAUUCGUGCAAGCGGCGUAUCAUGCGUUUCACUCCGACCCCGCCAUGUCAACGGAGGAGGCACCCCAGCCUCGCCACGUGGCGUUGUCGGACAGGUCCUACAGCGUUACCAAGAGCCUCUACGCCACGUCAUCCAUCGGGUUGCCUAAAUGGGUCGACGAUGUGGCUCCGGAUCUUGGAUGGAUGACCCAGCGGUCAAGCUGGGUCGGGUUUGUCGCCGUUUGUGAUGACCCGAGAGAGAUCGCACGGAUGGGAAGGAGAGACAUCGUGAUCUCCCUCCGCGGAACUUCCACGUGUCUCGAGUGGGCUGAGAAUCUGAGGACUCAAUUGAUUGAAAUUUCCGGGGCCCAAGAUAAGGCCCAAGGAAAGCCCAAAGUGGAGUGCGGGUUCUUGAGCUUGUACAAGACCAAAGGGGCUCACGUGCCGAGCCUGGCUGAGUCAGUGGUGGAAGAAGUGAAGAGGCUCAUGGAUGUUUACAAAGGUGAAAAGUUAAGCAUCACCGUCACAGGGCACAGCCUUGGUGCCACACUAGCUUUGUUGGUUGCUGAUGAGAUAAGCACAUGCAGCCCAGAUGUACCACCAGUGGCUGUUUUCUCAUUUGGUGGGCCUCGUGUGGGUAACAAGGCCUUUGGGGACCGCGUUACGGCCCAAAAUGUGAAAGUCCUAAGAAUAGUGAACUCCCAAGAUGUGAUUACUAGAGUACCCGGCAUAUUUGUGAGUGAAGAGCUUGAGCAAAAUUUAAGGAAUUCCAAGGUGGGGGGUUUCUUAGACAUGUUGGAAGAGAAUACACCAUUGGCAUACUCACACGUGGGAACUGAGCUACGUGUCCACACCAAGAUGUCGCCGUACCUGAAGCCGGAUGCUGACAUGGCAUGUUGUCAUGACUUGGAGGCUUACCUGCACUUGGUGGAUGGGUUCUUGGCAUCUAAUUGUCCAUUCAGAGCAAAUGCUAAGAGAAGCUUGGCAAGAUUAAUGCAAGAUCAAGGCUCUAAUGUUAAGAAGUUGUAUACUAGCAAGGCAAAAGCCUUGACAGUGAAUCUUAAGAGACAGGGAUCAAUGUCUAUGUCUACUUGUUUGCCUAGUCCAUCUUAAUGAAACUCAAAUGUGAAUAUACUCAAUGUUGCAUAUGUACCAUGUUGUUACGCUUGUCUUUUAGGUAUGUAUAUUUUUUUGCCCAAUUUAUCUUGCU